UUUUAUAAAUACUACAUUUUUAAAAACACCGAUAUGGUUCCUUCUUCACUUGUGCCGGAGGGAUUCUCUGAACUGGAUGUUUUUGCACUGGGAUCAUGUCUGCUUGUGGAGGGUCUCCUUGGAUUGUUAAUGAAUGCUGUCACCGUUCUUGCUUUCUUAAAAAUACGUGAUUUACGGACUCCUAGUAACUUCCUUGUAUUCAGCUUGGCUUUAGCAGAUAUGGGCAUUUCUAUAAACGCCACCAUUGCAGCCUUCUCAAGCUUCCUGAGAUACUGGCCUUAUGGAUCUGAAGGAUGCCAGACCCAUGGCUUUCAUGGAUUCGUAACUGCCCUCUCUAGCAUCCAUUUUAUUGCAGCCAUUGCUUGGGACAGAUACAACCAAAACUGUAGCAGAUCAAAGUUGCAGUGGAGCUGGGCCAUCACCAUAGCCAUUUUUAUUUGGCUCUUUACUGCCUUCUGGGCAGCUAUGCCAUUGAUUGGUUGGGGAGAGUAUGACUAUGAGCCCCUGAGGACCUGCUGCACUCUGGACUUAAGCAAAGGAGACAGGAACUAUGUCUCCUAUCUGAUUCCAAUGGCCAUUUGUAACAUGGGAAUUCAAGUGCUUAUUGUGUUCUUCUCAUACAAAUCCAUUAAUAAGAAAUUCAAAAAGAUGGGCCAGCAAAGGUUCAACUGUAGCACUCCUAUAAAGACUCUGCUGUUCUGCUGGAGCCCUUAUGGGAUCCUAGCCUUCUAUGCUGCUGUGGAAAAUGUGAAUGUUUUGUCUCCUAAACUGCGAAUGAUUGCUCCAAUUCUGGCCAAGACCUCUCCGACUUUCAAUUUUUUUGUUUAUGCACUUGGAAAUGAGAACUAUAGAGGAGGAAUUUGGCAACUGCUCACUGGACAAAAGAUUGAACCUUCUGCUACUGAGGCUAAGUUAAAAUAAACAAAUCAUGUUAUAAUCAUUCAAUCAUUUAUUAAACUGGGCAGUCUUAGAAAAUGUAACAGUACUUACAUAUAAUAAUUAAAGUUUUAUUUCCUUCCAGAAACAAUAUGAUUACACUCCAGAUUGCAAAACAUUUCCCUGACAAGAUUUCCAUGUUAAGGCUAAAAAAGAGUUUAGAAUUUUAUGCAUUUUAAUGAUAAGGUAAUUACCAGACAAGAGGUGAUACUGCAAUUAUGUAUGUCUCUCAUCCAGCACAUUUUACUUUCUCCUACAUGUCUUCAUAUAGUCAGUACCUUUAAAAUUCACACUUUAUGGCAAAGGUAUUUGGACACCUCACAAUCAGACCCAUAUGGGGUUUCCCUAAACAGAUGCCAGAAAGUUGGAAGCAGAUAAAUGCCUAUAAGGUUUAUAAAUGCAGUAGUAUUUUGGUUUCCCUUUACUGGAAUUAAGAAUAACAAUCCAGUUCCAGCAUGAUGAUAGCCCUGUACACUAAGCGAGCUCCAUGAAAAUGGUUUGAAGACCUUUGACCUCAUCCCCACUUUAUCAUCUUUGGAAUGAACUGAAAUGCAGACACAAAUAACCACCAAUGUGUCUGACUUCACAAUUGCUCUUGUGGCUGAUUGCACACAAAUCCUCACAGUCACGCUCUGAAAUAUAGUAUACUAACAAGAAGUUUGGAGGUUAUUAGAACAGGGACCAAAGGGGACCAACUUCAUAUUAAUGCCCAGGGUUUCAGAAAAGAUGUUCAACAAUUAUAUAUGGAUGUGAUGAUACAGUAAGGUGUCCAACACAUUUUUUUCAAAUAGUAUAAAUGAAAAAAGAAAUCCUACCAAUGUUACCAUUCUGUGGCGUAAUGAAAGAGUUCUCUACAUUAAUAGAUUUAGAUGAUGAAAUAAAGGAUUUUAGAGAUAUAGCCUUUGAGAAACAUACAGUAGAUACAUGAUACUUUAACUAUUGAGGUAAAUUACUAUAAUUCAGCCACACAUUGAUUCAAGCAGGGCUUUUACCAAAAGGAAAAGGUGCUGUUGAUUUGGAUCCACCACACUUAGCACAUCAGAUCAGCAAGGUUGUUACUGAUCCUUUCUUAAUGUGUUAAUGAUUUAUUCCCGUUGUAAACUGUGACAAUUAAUACUGUAUUGUCAUGAAAUUUUAAAUACUGUGAAUGUGAGCUAAUGUUGUGCUCUAUUAAUAUCUGUAUUACAAUCAUUUGUACUGUAGUUAAUGACAUGCACUGUGAUGUGAUUUAAAGAAUUAUUAUACUGUAAUCUCACAAAGCAGAAAGACACCAUACAUAUAAAUCAGUAGGAGAGAGGGAGGGAGAGAUAGAGACAAAGAGAGAGACUGAAAUCAGGAGCUUCAGGUUCAUGAUAUUUUGCUGCCUGAGAAACUCUAGUCCAUUACACACAGUAUGUUGUUAUUACUUGUCACUAUCUUAUGUAUUAAUUCCUGAGAAGUAUGUUGUUAAUGCCUUAUCAGUAUCUUCUAUAUCAUUAUUAAUAGAUACAUUUGUGAAUGUUUGUCAGAAUGUCAUUUAUCAAUCAUAUCACACCAACCAACAAGUUUUCUACAGAAUUUAUGACAAAACCCUUUCUUUUGAUUUAGGAAUGUUAUAAUGAUAUAUUUAGUACAAAUGUAGCGCACCUAGUGUUUUGGUUAUCAUGAAGUUUAACCAACAUGUUCGUCAAAAUCUGAAUGUGAAAUGCUUUUGAAUUAUCUGCAUAUUAAAUUCUCUAUAUUUGCAGAUGGAUUUGUUACAACUUCAAUGAUCCUGACUUGACCAAUGAUCUUUGCAUGACAUGUAUCCAAGAUAUGAAGUGUGGUAUUAAAAGUUAUUUUAAAUUUUAAGUUAAAUAAGUAUUUUUUAAAAUACUGCAAACACUAUUCAAACAAAAACUUGGUUAGUACAAGAACAAGAGCUGGUCGUUUAAGGACGUCAACGCAAAUGGGACAAGUCCUUCAAAAAUGUACAUUCUACAUUCUGAAAAAAAAAGUAUAUUUAGUAAACAUUUGUGCAUGUUUUGAACUAUCUAUUUAAUUCACAAUUUUGGGAAUUUAAAAAAAUGUUAAAAACGUUAACAUCAAUAACAGGGGUAAAUGAUAAUUUUUUUUUUCUGAAAG